GACGUCAGUCCGAGCUUCGGGACAGGGUAAAAACAAAGACUUUAUUAGGUUUAGGGUUUGAAUUGGUCGCGCCGUGGUUCUUUAAAACCAUCUGUGGUGUUGUGUAAGAUACGUUACACUUUCACCGUUUCACAUCCGGCUUCGUCACGCCGGGCCUGUUCACACUAACACAAGCACGCUGCCUUGUUUUGGGAGCGAGGAUGGACUUCUCUGAAUGCUACGGGGACACGGUGUCCAGUGUUGCUGCCGCUGCUCGUUCGGGCUGCAGGAAGCGGCUGCGGAGGCUGAUCCGGCGCGGCUGCAGCCUGGACGCUCGGGACAACCGCGGCUGGACGGGCCUGCACGAAGCUGCAGCCGCGGGCAGCAGCGAGUGCGUGCGGGAGAUUGUGUCUGCUGUCGGCGGCUUCUCUCGUGCCUCCUGCGCCUAUGUGAACUCCCUGACACAUGAGGGGGAGUCCGCCUGUUUCCUGGCUGCACAGCUCGGGCACCUGGCUGUAGUCCAGCUCCUCCUGAAAGCACGUGCUGACGUCAACCAGCUAACAAAUGACUUAUCCUGCCCUCUCUAUGCAGCUGUAGAUGGUGGACACAAGGAGGUGGUAGAACUGCUGGUCAGAAAGGGGGCGGAGGUGAACAGAACACACACUGCUUCCUGCUGGACCUGCCUGCAUCAAGCUGUUUAUAAGGGCUACAGUGACAUUGUUGGCAUACUUGUUAACGUAUGCAACCUGGAGGCGGUAGAUGACCACAGGAUAUCUCCUCUGUUUGUGGCUGCACAGUACGGACAGCUGGAAUGCCUGAAGGUCCUGGCUGAUGCUGGGGCCAAUGUGAACACGCAGGCAGCUGAUCUGGCCACACCGCUGCUCAUUGCCUCUCAGGAGGGCCACCAGGCAUGUGUGGAUUUCUUGUUGGACCAUGGAGCAGAUCCUAAUAUAGCCUGCAGUAAUGACUGGCCCCAGUUUCCCAUACAUGCUGCUGCUGAGUUUGGCCACAUUGGUAUCCUCAGGAGGCUGAUCGCUGUCACGGAUCGUUCAUGUGAUCGCAGUGAUGGCAUGGUGAGUCCACUGUAUAUGGCCGUCCACAACCAUCAGAGCAGGAGUGUUGAGCUUCUGUUAAGGGAAGGUUACUGCCCAGAUGCCCAGGACUGCACCCACAUCCUGUGUUUUAGUUCACCACUCUCUGUUGCCUUGUGUCAUACAUCUGACAAACCAUACAGCGACUCUGUGAAGUUGCUGAUAACUGCAGGGGCUUCUUUGACUGAAGGAGACUGGAUUCAUGCCAUUUCUACUGAUAAAACAGACCUGCUGCAACUAAUACUUGAGCACAGAUGGAUUCCUCGACUGGAAACUUUGAGCCGAAAAUAUUCUGUACGACACCAUCAUGGGAAAACUGUGUUGAAGCUGCAAGAAGUGAGAGAGCUGCUCUGUGUGACCCUGAACCAUGUACAUUUUGCUGCCUGCUGGCUUCCUCUGCUUAUGAAGGCUGGAUUGGAGCCCUCUUUAUUGCUUCACAGCCACAUGUUGGAACAGGCAGACGGUGAGGUGUUGAAUUACCUGCUACAGUUUGUAAACUGGUCGACUUUGCCCAUCCAUUUAAAACGUGUCCUGGAUCAAAGACAGUUAGAAAAGACAUGGAUUCCACUUCCGCAUCAUGACUCCAUUCCCUCUCUUUCACACAUGUGCAGGCUUCGUCUUAGGUUGGUGUUAGGACCGGAUCUAGUGAUGAGGACUGAUGUAGUCCAGCAGCUUCCUGUGCCUGCCCCACUUCACGGCUUCCUUAAAUUCAUGGACAUUCCAGAUGUUUACUUUAUACGUUCACCACCAGUUUCAAAUAGAAUACCGGAAUUGCACAGCACAUAUCAGCACAUACAUGUUCUCUAAGCCAGUACCGUUUUCUCCUUUGUGUUUUUACAUCUGUCCUUGUCGUGUAGGUUGCUUUAAUGUCUUGAGGGAACUGAUUCUAUGGUGCCGAGAGGCAUUUGUGUUGUCUGAUGACUUGUUAUCACUUUGUGGCUGUUCAAACGCCUCCCUGAAUGUGCAACUUAUUGGAAAAGUGUAUUCACAUUUUUCUGCAUUCAGUAACAUAAUUUUGGGUGACGCUCUAUUAAUGUAUAUGUUAAUAUGAUAUUCAUAUUAUAGUUCCCUAAAGCUUUAAUGUUUAUUAUGUCUUAAUUAAAAAAGAUUGAAUCAAA